AUGGCGGACGCCGAGACCCAGGACGACUUCGCCGGCAGGCUCGGUGGCAUGGCGGCGCGCUACGCGGUGUUGGGCUCGACCCUGGAGGACGCCGCCCUCGUCAAGAAGCUGCUCGAGUCGGUGCCGAACCGCCUGUACCCGGCGGUGGCGGGGAUCGAGCAGUUCUGUGACGUCGACACGAUGCUCUUCGAGGACGCGCUGGGGCGGCUGAAGGCCUUCGACGAGCGACUGCGUCGGCGCGGGCAGGAUGGAGGCAACCAUGGCGGCGAACAGUUGAUGUUCACCGCUGCACAGUGGCGGGCGCGCGAGCGGCGUCCGGGCGGUGCGCGCGGAGAGGACGACGACGACGGGGCGCGCAGCGAGGCGCCGGGCUUCGGCGGGAACCGGCGCGGCCGCUGCUACAAGUGCGGUGAACGCGGGCAUUUCAAGCGCGAGUGCCUGCAGUGGAAGAAGGCGCUGGCGGCGGAGCGGGCACUGCUGGUGGACGGCGACAUCGAGGACGCCGGGCUGCUCUGA